CCAAGCCCCUCUAGCCACCGACUCAUUUCUUUGAGAAAAUUGGUGACAAAGCUUGAAAUUUCUCCUUCUUUCUCGUUCAAUCACAAGAUUUGGGGCUUAGAACUCUCUCUAAAUCCAGAAAUUUCCAAAUCUGUUCUGCUCUGCGUCUUCCUCCUUUUGCUGUCCGCGAAUUGCUGGUGGGUGGGUGGCGAAAUUUUCAGGUUUCUUUGGAUCCCAUCGGCUUCCUCACCAGCCAAGCCCGGUUUCUGCUGGCUGCAAUUUUGGAAUGGACAGCUCCUCCAAGUCAAAUUUAUCAAUUAAUUGCUGCUUGUGUUGUUGAAUUUAAAUCAUCUAGUGGUUACCCUUGCACUGUCCGAAUUUUGCUGGAAAAAUGGGGGAAUUUCGAUAGAUUUAACCGGUUCCUCCAUUGUGUUUUUAGCUAUAUAUAUGUGUGUAUAUUUGUAUAUAUAUAUAUAUAUGUAUAUGUGCACAACCUGAUUUUAGUGCUCAAUUUUCGGAAAGUAGGAAAUAAAAUAAAAUAAGAAAAUAAAUAUUGCAUUAUAGGGGUUAAUUACCGACAAUAUUAGAAAGGAUUAACUAUGUAGUUUUUAUAUGGGUAUUAAUUUUUGAAUAUUUGAUUAGGUUCGUGAUUGUUCUGUCACCCCAGCACUUGGAGUGAAUUUUCUAUGUUAUGUGAUUUGAGGUAAGUAAAUUAUGGUAACGCCCUUCGAUUUCAAAGUAUAUUUUAAAUUGUUUUUGAGAUGGUGGCAAGGUGUAAAUUGAUUUUAUUAGCACCGAACAUGAUUGGUUUGAAAUGGAAUUAUUUUCAUUGAGUGAGAGCAUGCCUACUUGGAAUUUACUUAACUGCCCUGAUGAACUGAGAAUUUUGUAAAUUCUGAUUUUUCUGUUAAAUCCAUGCCUACAUGGAAAUUUUCUGGUUUAUUUCUGAAAUUUGAGAGUGAUUGUGAAUCAUGGAUUUUUCUAUAAAUCUUGCCUGGUUUUGUCUUCGAUAUGGUCAUGUUAUUCGUGUGCCCGCUAGUGGGAGGUUUAUAAAUGCUAGCACAUGUCGACAUGUUAUUGGUAGAACUGGUUCGUUUCUGUUAUUUUGAAAUCCUGUUAGUGGGAUUAUACACUAGUAAAUCGUGUGCCUGCCAGUGGGAGAUUUAUAACACUGGCCAUGACCUAUAGAGGAGACGUUUAUUUCAUUUCCAUACUCGUACCUGUUUUUCGUGAUUAUACUUGUCGGCAUGCUAUAAGUUUAAUUAAGGACUAUCCAUAUUUACUUACUGAAUUAUCUCAUAGUUUUUCUUUGUCCACCAUUUCAGGAAGGGAAGUCAAGAACGGGGAAAAACGAGGGGAGUGACGAGUUAGAAGGCUAGCCAUCUUAUAAAUUGAGCAUAGAUUUAGAUAUAAAUCAUGAUCUUGUAAGCUAGACAUUGUUUGGAGAUUUAUGAUAUCAUGGCAAAUUUUAAAAUUUUAUCUUCAGAUUGUGUGGUAUCAGAUUGUGGUAUGAUAAAGUUACGAGCCUUGUGCAUUUGUGGGACCCUCUCACAAGUGUACGGGAUCUGCCACGUCCCCGGAUUUGAGUUCUGGGGUGUGACAUGGAUGCCAUGAGAGAAAUGCAGACCCAUUUUGUAAGUGACUUGUCUUACCUUAUAAUUUGGACGAGUGGUACUCCCUUUUCUUUUAUAUUUUUCACAUUUAAUAAUAAUUUUUUUCAUUA